GGAAGUCAAUCCGAAAAGGCGUUUGACAGCUGGUCCAACCCUGCAGCACGACUGGCUUCAGCAUGCAACAGCACAGAAAGACCAUAAGGGGGCGAUAAAAGCCACUGACUCCAUGCCUGAGAGGUGCAACCAACAGAAACUGAGUGGAGUGGACAGGUGGAAAGUGGUGAGAAUAAGAGUGAUUCUCAGAAACCAGAGAUGUCGGCAGAGAAAUAUCAUGCAGCAAAAACUUUAAAGAGCAAACUUAAUAACUAUGAUUCAGAUUUUAACGCUCGUGACAGAGACCAGCAGAUUCAAGAGAUUCAUAACAUGACAUGCAACCAGCAAAAUGCAUGGCUUGCAGAAGACACCACCACCAUGAGCAAGCAAUAUAUCACAGAUCAGCACAAACCUGAGAAACCAGCACAGCAUGAAGACCCUGACACAAAACAAGAGUGACCUGCUGAGUGAUGAGUUAAAGAGCAGUGAAGAAGCCAGGGAUUUACUCUAAACAUUAAUUAAUUUGUAAGAUGAAAUCCGUACAUUUCUGCACUCAUUUUAAAGGAAAAUCUGCUGAAUUAGUGUAAAUUUGGUUAAAUGUAUUUAAAGGCGCUUAUAGUGCAGUCUUCCCAGAAAAUGUAAGUAUAAUCCAAUAUUUUGAUUGAAUAUAAGAAUUCUGUAUCAUUUCUGUGUGCUUACUGGUCACUAAUGAAAUUAUCUGAGACAUUAAAGUAACCAUUAUUACGAGAUAUUAUUUACUGAAUAGAGGGAGAAAAGCUAUUUAUGUUAUAUUGUUUUUGUAUGUUAAAGCCUCUUAUUAUUCUUUAUUUUCUUCUUAAUCUGUGUUAUUAAAAAAACAAAAACAUUUCAAUACGGAAGGACUAGUUUUGCUUUUAACAUGCGUCAAAAACGUAACGUUCAAUCUCUGCAUCUGCUAAUGUUUCUGGGAAAGUUAUUUGGGUGGACUAGCUGGGAAUAAGCAAGUAUUUAGUAUUAUUUGCUUUCCCAUGUCUCAUUUCCUGUAUUUAUAUUGCACAUCUUCAAAUUUGUUCAGUCUUUUUGUUCUGCAAAUCAGACGUCUUUUUAAACAUUAUGAGUUUUGUGUAAAUGUUUUAGACUGUAGGCUAACAAAGUUACAAUUAUUUAGAUGUUUGGUUACAUGUUCCUAUAAUUUGGUGAGUGAAAUAAUGUUCUAUUUUUUGAUGAUUAAAUGUUUAUGAUUUUUUUUUUUUAUCUUCUGUUCACCUUUUAAUACUUAAAAUUUUGGAGGUAUCAAGUGGUUCAGAGGUAAUUAUUAAUGAAUGAAGACUUUGUCCUUGUCAGGUCUUUCAUGGUGACGUCAGAAAGCCUAAAGAAAUUGUAAAACGUGGUAUUUUUAGUGUAAUAUAAAGUGGUAUUGUAAUGUGCAUAACACGCUUUAUUAAUAUCAGCUUCAUUACUAAAUCCUUCUGUAUUACAUUGCUGUAUGCAUAUUAUUAAUACAUAUUUUUUGUAUCCAGUCCAGUAAUCAGGAGGACACCUACAAACACACUCCCCUCCCCCCAUGAAACACACACACACACACACACAGCUCAUUCAGGCUAGGCAGGCUAGACUGACAGCUGUCUUGUCCAAACUAGUCCAUUAUAGACCACGUUAUUUGAUUGGCUGAGGCAAUUCCCCCUCCCCCGAGGGUCACUCUGGUUUCAGUAAAAAAAAAAAAAAAAUCUUCACUGGUUACAAGUAAGUUAAGAUGCAUUUUACAUUUCAAGGACUUUACUUGAAUGUAAAGUGCAGUCUCUACCUAUGGCUCCAAUUAAAAUACCUUAUUCAGGUCUUUCGUAUACUAUUCUGUCAAGUACAAUAAUUUAGAUGUAUGACGCGAACCGGUGACGUUGCCAUUUUGUCGCAUAUGAGGGGUGUUAGGGGUUUUGACCAGGGUAUAAAAAGGUUUGGUCAUCUUUUAAUCUUACUUUAAGCUAUAAAUCACCAUGACAAUAAUAUAACAAACAAGUACAAUACAAUUUUAAACAAAUCUACAAACACAACCAAGCAUCACACACGAAUCAAAUCACAAGUUUUUUGGUCACCUUUCUCAUAAGCCCCUUUCACACUGCACGUCGGACCCGCAAUAUUCCCGUAACAUUGCCUGGUCGCCUUCUGUGUGAAAGCAACCACGUCCCGGAAUUGAUUACCGAAUCGAACCCGGGUCGGGGACAUAGUAACAUUGCGGUAAUCGAUCCGGAACGAGCGCUGUGUGAACAAAAGCCAGAUCUAAUUCGGUAUCGAAGUGAUGACGCGCGUUAUCGCGCGACUCUUUUACCGGCUGUUUUGAAGGAAGAUCAACAUUUGCGACGAAAACACAUGUGCAAACUGUAAUGAAGCAGAGAUCAGUUAGUUCCUCACUUUCCGCGCUGACGCAGAGAUCGUUUGCUUGCUUCAGUUAAAGUAUAACGUGCCAAGCGUUGUCGACUCGUACAUUACACGUCACGCGCUGAUGUCACGUGUCGUUACGGGAUCUUCAGGGGUUGUGUGUGAAAGCACGCACAUAUACCGGGUCAUCACUGGCUGUGUGAAAGUGCCAAAUCUAGCGACCAGGGAACAAUUACAGGAACACUUUACCGCUGUAUUUGCCGGAAUGGCAGUGUGAAAGGGGCUUUAGAAAAGCUUCAGCCAUGACCCGCAGGAGGCCGGUGCGCAUGCGCACACGCAUAGCUCUUUAAAUAUCCCCAGUCAUCUGAUGAAGCACAACAUUUGUUGCAGCCAAUCAGAGAGCGCGAAAGAGAAGGGCAGAGCGGCCAUCAUUACUAGUGGCAACGCAUUCACUGACAGAUCAAUAACAGACGACAGAAUUCGUUUGUUCUUCACCCCUCUUUGAGUAAACCGACCUCGGAUAGGCGGAAUUAGAGAGGGUCCAGUGGACGGGGGGAGAGGAGGAGACAGACAGGAAAAAAACAAAGAUGGCAGUGUAAAUUAAAGGAAGGACUAUCGAAGAGACUCUGCUGCAAACUGAUAACUUUUAGGCUUUCGGCGAAUCCGGGUCGUGUCGGAGUGUUUCGGUUGUGAUCGGAAGGUGUACCGGAGGAAAAGAGCCCGGCUGGGUCUCGGAGAGUCACUGUGCGCGCGCUGUCACGGCGGAUAACGGCACUGAACAACAGCCUGUUGUUUUGUUGAGUCUUCGCUGUUUUUUCUCUCUCUCUUCUGAUCUGAAGCUUACCUGAAACCUAUCUAAAAAUACAGCCAUUCGUGUACGCCAAACCUCAGUAAAAACACAGAUGCAUUUAUAUAAACUGUCCCAUAACUUACUGUCGUAUUACCCAGAAUUUACAUAUUUGAACUGACGUUUGAUGUUUUACAACUGAGUGCAUUGUUGGCUAUCCAGACUCCCCAUAAUUAUAGGCCAAGUAGCGUGAAAAAUCCUGGAAAUUUCACCCUGACAGUCAGCAGAUCCUGUGCUCGGUCAGCCCAUAUAUCCCCCGUGACUCAGUCGGAUGUCUUCUAUGGAAGAGCGGAUGGAAUUAGGCGUCGCGGCCGCCCCGGGCUCCUCAUCAUCGGGUCUGGGUGUCGGUCCUGUGGGUGGCGCAAUGGAUGCUGGCCCGGGGAGCGCAGGACUGGCAGGUAUCCAGGAGGAGUCCGGUGUGCGGAGAGACGGUGCUGGUUCCGAGCCCGACCCGGACGCGCCGCCCAAGAAGCGCGUGAGGCUGCAGGAAGGAGAAGCGGGGAAGCUCGAGGAGCGCCUGUACUCGGUCCUGUGCUGCACGGUGUGUCUGGACCUGCCUAAAGCCUCGGUGUACCAGUGUACAAAUGGGCACCUGAUGUGCACAGGUUGCUUCAUCCACCUGCUUGCUGAUGCGCGUCUAAAAGAGGAGCAGGCCACGUGUCCCAACUGCCGCUGUGAGAUCAGUAAGAGUCUGUGUUGCAGGAACCUGGCGGUGGAGAAAGCUGUGAGUGAACUUCCCUCUGAUUGCAGCUACUGCCUCAAACAGUUCCCUCGCUCCAGCCUCGAGCGCCAUCAGACAGAGGAGUGCCAGGACAGAGUGACGCAGUGCAAGUAUAAGCGGAUUGGCUGCCCAUGGCAGGGGCCAUUCCAUGAGCUCAGCGCCCAUGAGGCAGAGUGUUCCCACCCAUCCAAAACCGGCAUGGAGCUUAUGGGCAUUCUGGACGAGAUGGACCAGAGCCAUCGCAGAGAGCUACAGCUCUACAAUGGAAUCUUCAGCCUGCUGUGCUUUGAGAAGAUCGGUUUUACAGAGGUGCAAUUCCGGCCAUACCGCACCGACGACUUCAUCACGCGACUGUACUACGAGACACCACGCUUCACAGUGCUAAACCAGACCUGGGUGCUGAAGGCACGGAUCAAUGACUCGGAGCGCAACCCCAACCUGUCCUGCAAACGCACGCUCUCCUUCCAGCUCAUCCUGAAGAGCAAAGUGAACUCUGCACUGGAGUGCUCCUUCCUGCUCCUGAAGGGCCCGUACGAUGAUGUGAAAAUCAAACCCGUCAUCCAACACCACGUCUUCUCCAACGACGCCAACGAAACCGAGUACGCCCUGCUGCCCAUCAGCGACAGCGUGGAGUGCAACAAGCUGCUGGCUGCCAAAAACAUCAACCUCCGCCUCUUCAUCUUUCAGAUCCAGAAAUAGAGGCAUGAGAUGAUGGGAUGGAAGAAACAGAUCAGACGACGGUUGGAGGAAGAGGGGAUGGUUUGAACAAAGGAAAAGCAAAAGAGGGGAAACGAGCACCACUGAACCACAGAUACCUCUACAGAAGCAAAAGAAGGAUGAAUACGACCCAUCAGCACUGCAGUAGAUUGUUUGUUUGUGUGUGAGUGUGUGUUGUUGCUGGUUAGCUUUCAGACCCUCUACAGCCAAAAAAAGUCAACAGUCUCACCCGACACCCUGCUGAUGUUUCAUUGGCAGAGCAGGACAGGCCUGAAUGUACAACACCAAGAAUCUGGGACUGUAUUUGUGGUUUUUUGGCCAGGAUAUCAGAUCAGUGCGAGUGCUAGAGAUAGAGAGACAGCUGUAGUUAAACCAAUCAUUCAGGCAGCGUUCAACUCUGCGUUUGUGUGUUUUCAGUUUUCCUCUCCAGGCUUACGCACACAGAUGCAGCAGUCGAGACUGCAUUAAGUGUAUUUUUGUAUGUGAAGGUGGCCAUUUUCACUGAAGCGCUGCAGUACAGUUAAGCUGAACAAAAUGGCUGCUGAAACCACAACCCGGAAGAUGCGAUUUGCAUGUUUUUAGUUUUCCAGUGUGCUCUCUGAAACGCCCAGUUUUAGUUGUGUAGCAUCAUAGCCUCGUAAACUAACUUAAGUUUUACCUUAUUAACACAUUUUAUUUAAGAACCUGUGAAUCUUGCCUUCUGUGAAUCGUUUUCUCCACUAUCUUGCCAUUUAACCCCUCUGGUUUAUGAACACAGGAACACUUCUCACAUCAUGAUGUCAGAUUAUAGGUAUUUAUAUUUAUUGCUUUUAUUUAACCUGCAUUAUUUAAUGAAGUAACAGACCUUUCUCAUUCACUCACUGGAAAUAUCUUAUUGUGAGCUAUUUUUACAGACCCCUUCCCUUCUUCCACCCUCAUCCACAUAGGCACACAAAUGACCUUCUUUCAUACCUUCAUUAAAAUUGCACACCCACACACACACAAAACUGGGGGUUACAAAAGAGCCAAUGGGGUAAUCGGAUCUCAGUUCAGAUGAAGGCGUCUGUGACUUUAGUUUUGACAUACUUGAAUUCAUGAUCGACAGAACAACAAACAGUUAAACUGAUCUGGCAGAGACUCAAUUCUGAUUAGAGGAGUUUAGUUCAAACUGUUUCUGCAUUAAAAAGCUUUUAAUUCUGAUUCUGGCUGUAUAUGUGCCUUUCUAUUAAAGCUCAUUUAAACUUG